UCGGGUCCCCCACGCCCGCGGUCCCGAGCGCCGCCUCCCCAGCCCGCGCCGCCGCGAUGGCGGAGGACAGCGAGUCUGCGGCCAGCCAGCAGAGCCUGGAGCUGGACGACCAGGACACGUGCGGGAUAGACGGGGACAAUGAGGAGGAGACGGAGCACGCCAAAGGAAGUCCUGGAGGAGAUUUGGGUGCCAAAAAGAAAAAGAAGAAACAGAAGAGAAAGAAGGAGAAACCGAACUCCGGAGGCACCAAGUCAGACUCGGCCUCUGAUUCCCAGGAGAUUAAAAUCCAGCAGCCUUCCAAACACCCCACGAUCUGGCAGCAGAUUCCCACGGGAGCAGCCACAGAAUCCCACCAUCCCGAUGCAGAAGUUGCAGGAUAUCCAGAGAGCCAUGGAGCUGUUGUCUGCAUGCCAAGGCCCUGCCAGGAGCAUCGAUGAAGCUGCCAAACACAGAUACCAGUUUUGGGACACACAGCCGGUACCCAAACUAAAUGAAGUCAUAACCUCUCACGGGGCGAUUGAAGCAGACAAAGACAACGUGCGUCAGGAGCCCUACUCCCUGCCGCAGGGUUUUAUGUGGGACACGCUGGACUUGGGUAACGCCGACGUGCUCAAGGAGCUGUACACACUGUUAAAUGAGAAUUACGUGGAAGAUGAGGAGAGCGUGUUCCGGUUUGACUACUCGCCCGAGUUCCUGCUGUGGGCCCUGCGUCCCCCGGGCUGGCUUCUGCAGUGGCACUGUGGGGUCCGAGUGUCUUCGAACAAAAAACUAGUAGGGUUCAUAAGUGCCAUUCCAGCAAACAUUCGGAUUUAUGACAGUGUGAAGAAGAUGGUAGAAAUCAACUUUCUUUGUGUUCAUAAGAAAUUGAGAUCAAAACGGGUAGCCCCAGUGUUAAUUCGAGAAAUAACCAGAAGAGUGAACCUGGAAGGGAUUUUUCAGGCCGUCUAUACAGCUGGAGUGGUUCUUCCUAAGCCGGUGGCCACCUGCAGAUACUGGCAUCGAUCGCUAAACCCCAGAAAAUUGGUAGAAGUGAAGUUUUCUCACUUGAGUAGAAAUAUGACUUUACAGAGAACAAUGAAGCUCUACAGACUUCCAGAUGCUACCAAGACUUCAGGCCUGAGACCGAUGGAACCCAGAGAUAUCCGGGCCGUGCGAGACUUGACCAACACUUACCUGAAGCAGUUUCAUCUCGCCCCGGUGAUGGAUGAAGAGGAAGUGGCUCACUGGUUCCUCCCGCAGGAGCACAUUAUUGACACGUUUGUAGUGGAGAACUCCAGUGGUAAACUAACUGACUUCCUGAGCUUCUACACACUCCCCUCCACAGUCACACACCACCCUGCGCACAAGAGCCUCAAGGCCGCCUACUCCUUCUACAACAUUCACACGGAGACGCCCCUGCUGGACCUCAUGAGCGACGCACUCAUUAUAGCCAAAUUGAAAGGAUUUGAUGUAUUCAAUGCACUAGAUUUGAUGGAAAAUAAGACCUUCUUGGAAAAACUCAAAUUUGGCAUAGGAGAUGGCAAUUUGCAGUAUUACCUGUACAACUGGAGAUGUCCAGGAACAGAGUCUGAAAAGGUUGGACUAGUAUUACAAUAGAUGGAUAUUUCUAUUUCUAGAACUCUGACAUCAUCAUUUGUUAAUAUUCUAUUUAAUGAUUCCUGGAACUGCCAUUCCAAAGAAGAAUAAAAGCACAACUUAAAUGAAAUCGAUGUAGUCGGUAACAAUCAGAAAAGAUGAAAAAAAAAACCAUAUGUGACCAAUAGUACAUAUUUCUAGCUAGAAUGUUAACAUUCUUUUUUCUCACUGUUUACCCAUUUGUAGGAGGGACGAAAGGGCACAGAGAGCACAUUCCUCUAAUUUUCAGACUUUGGGCUGUCUCUUUGAUGAAGAGAAGGUAUUUUUCCACUCUGUAGAAAAGGGACUGUUUUUCUAUGAACUGAAGAGAAGUCACAGAAUUGUGUAAGAAAAUCUUUGCUAUUGUGUGGAGAUAAACUGCAGCAUUUCUGUUUA